CUGAGCUACAUUUACAUAGCUAUAUUAAGGUUCUGGUGUUCUAACUCUCAGAUCCUGAUGAACCUCUGCAGUAGCUCUCAUUAAAGACAAAGAAAACAGACGUUACUUCACUGCAUUGGCUUAAAAAUGAUGAAAUGACUGUGCUGAGUUAGCUGACCUGUUUUUUUCCUUCUAUCGGCUCCCUCUGCAGCUCAGUAGGUGAAUCACCUGCUAAAGGUGCAUAAAUAUGUUGUGUAUUUGUUGAAGUCUUUUUUAGUCUCUCAGAGCUACGGCGAUACAGAUGUGUGAUUCCUUAACGUGUGGUCAGAUAUCUAUCCAAACAUCAUCGCCAUGGGUUUCCCUGCUGAGCGGCUGGAGGGAGUCUACAGGAACAACAUUGACGACGUUGUACGGUUUCUAGAUUCAAAGCACAAGAACCACUACAAGAUCUACAAUCUGUGUGCUGAGCGACAUUAUGACGCUGCAAAGUUCAACUGUCAAGUGGCUCAGUACCCGUUCGAGGAUCACAACCCGCCCCAGCUGGAGCUCAUCAAGCCGUUCUGCGAGGACCUCGACCAGUGGCUGAGCGAGGACGAGCAGCACGUCGCCGCCAUCCACUGCAAGGCGGGAAAAGGCCGUACGGGCGUUAUGAUCUGUGCCUACCUGCUGCACCGAGGGAAGUUUCAGGAAGCUCAGGAGGCGCUCGACUUCUACGGCGAGGUCCGAACCCGCGACAAGAAGGGCGUGACCAUCCCGAGUCAGCGGCGAUACGUCAUUUAUUACAGCUUCCUGCUGAGGAACCAGCUGCUCUACAAACCGGUCGCCCUGCUCUUCCACAAGAUGCUGUUUGAAACCAUCCCCAUGUUCACAGGAGGAACCUGCAAUCCGCAGUUUGUAGUCUAUCAGUUAAAGGUAAAAAUCCACACGUCUAACCCUGCCAACACCCGACGGGAGGACAAACUCAUGCUGUUCGAGUUCCCACAGCCACUUCCUGUCUGCGGAGACAUCAAGGUGGAGUUUUUCCACAAGCAGAACAAGAUGAUGAAGAAGGAAAAGAUGUUCCACUUCUGGGUCAACACGUUCUUCAUCCCAGGGCCGGAGGAGAACCUCGACAGACUGGAGAACGGCAGCGCGGGGACGCCACGGGAACCAGGGGACAGGAUGCAGCAGAACCCGGGCAUGAUGAGCCCCUCCAUGAUGAUGGUGGGGGGAGAGACCAACGACAGGGACUACCUGGUCCUCACUCUGACCAAGAACGACCUGGACAAGGCCAACAAGGACAAGGCCAACAGGAACUUCUCCCCAAACUUCAAGGUGAAACUGUUCUUCACUAAGACGGUAGAGGAAGGAGCGAACUGUGACGCCAGCAGCACGGCCUCAGUGACUCCUGACGUCAGCGACAACGAACCGGAUCACUACCGCUACUCGGACACAACGGACUCGGACCCGGAGAACGAGCCCUUCGAAGAGGACCAUCACAAUCAGAUCACAAAAGUCUGACAGACGUUGGCUCGCUCAUAUCCGUGUGUGUAUAUAUACAGGAUAUAUACAGGAUGUAUGUAUACACAGUCAUCAACCCCACAGGGACACUAGCACGCUAGCUAGCGGGGGAAUAUAACCGACGGACCAGGCCUGAUCUGUGGACUCGCAUCAAAGAGCUCAGGUCAGUAUUAACCCCUCCCCCUUCGAUCGCUGCCCAAUGCACAGCCGGACAAUCACAUGACCUGGUGGUCAGAGGUGAGGGGGGCCGCGGCGUGGGGCCGGUGGAGGGCCAACGGACAAUAAGACAGAUGAAUGGACAGACAGGAGGAUUCAGAAACAAAGGAGUAAAACUUGAAUAUAAACAAACUGAAAGACAAGUAGACUUCUUUAGUGACUACAGAUGUUUGUUGGAGAAACCCCGUGUGUCCUUCCUCUCUUCUUCCUUCCAGUUCUGCAGACCAAUCUUCUUUUCCUCUCUCUCUGCUUCAGUCCUCUGUUCUGUUGAGCUUUGUAGGCGAGCCCACUCCUCUCUGUGUGCUAACAUCAAUGAGUCCAAAUAUCACGCCGUCCUGGUGGCGUUGAGCGUUUUACUCUGCCAUAAACAGUCCUUGUGGUUUUUGAAGGCCAGCAAAGAUUACCAUGAAGCUGAGCAUCGGGAACUGGGCGGUCAGCAGCCAUCGAGCUACAGUUUUUAUGAAACCGUCUCCCUCGGAUGUUCAGACUACAGCCAGUGAUGAAGUCAUCCCAGACGACUGACAGACCGUGGAAGACCAGGAUCUUUGUCCUUAUAGGACAGGAUCAGCUGACGUAAAGAAAUCUGGACUUCAGCAAAACUGUGGUCUUUUUUGUCUCAUUGAGGGUUUUUGAAGGUGCCCACAUCAAAACAAACCCAGUUUGAUCUGGGACCACUCCAGACCUUUUCAGGUCCAAACUAUGGCUGUUCCUAACCUGACAUCUGGGAAAGCUUCAACAGGAAACGUUUGAGAAACAUGGCGACUGUAGGCAUGUCAGUACAUGACUUUUGUCAUUUUUGGAAAGAA